UUUUCAGAAAUGUUGAACCCCGAAUUGUACUCGCGUCAAUUUGAAGACAGCGCCUGUACAUUCAUCAAUAUUUCAUAUACGCCUGGAGUCGCUAGAUUAGUUGGUGGUAAACAGAAGUUGUUUAAAAUUUACAGCUCACUCUGUGCGAACUUCCCUUGUGUAAAAGCGAGCAAUGCAACUCACGACUUAGGGUUCUCGCUUUUCUGUAGCGAAGGCAAUUCUUCGCCGACGGCAGUUGCAACAUCAUUUGAGGCCUGGACUGAGAUGCAGUCAUUUAGAAGAUGUUUCGCCACCAUCGAGCUACGACUGUUUGAGGCUAAUAAUUCACAGCGUGAAGCUUCUGAGACUAACAGUGACGAAGAGAGCAGUGGUUCUGGGAAUUUGCCCAACUCCUUGCUUGAUACUAAGUCGAAGAUGGACGAUAAGCCGCUGUUUGUGCUCUGGAUAGACGUCGGGUCUGACAUUCCCCCAGUUCAAGAAAGCGGCAAAGGUGACUCGUCACAGCUCGCUGACUUGCAGACCAGUAAAGCAGUUUUCUACUUGCAAAAAGGUCUAUACGAGAACAAACAGUUGCUGAGAGAUUGGUUUUUAUCUGUAACUGAAUUACUCCGGGAAAGAAAAGGAAUGAUUGAAGACGUGUUGGAGAAUCCACAGGGGACAUUUGAGUCAUAUAUGACCCUGCUGAAGAGUUUGACCCCUUUGACCGUCGAGAAAGAGGCCAAGCAGCAGAUAGGGGUCACGAUCCAACACGGGAAGGAGAAAUUAAGAGGAAGAUGUUUGAAAAAACUGGCGGAUUUAUUGCUACAGAUGAACAACCUUAAAUUUGCUGCAGAUCUGUUCAAGAAGGCAUCGGAGAACCUGCAAGUGGCAAAAGACUGGACCUGGUAUGCAGCAUCCUUAGAGGGAUGCAUCACAUGCAACUACAUUUUAAAUUUGCCAUCCACGAGGCUGACUUCUUUUUACGACAGAGUUCACGCACACCAAACCGGACUGCUCUUCAGUGAAGACAAACUAGAACUAACCGGUCAAAUGAAACAAUUACUAGAACACGAGAAGACAAUCAUGAACUGUUAUGACAAGUCGUCAGAGACUAAGUUUAUGUUGAGAGAGUUCAAAUACAAAUUUCUUUUGGUCAAAUUUUCAUACGGAAUUUUGAAAUCCAAACACGAUGGGGUAAUUUUGGACGAGAACUUCCGAUUGUUUCCAGAAUUGCGUGACAAAAGUAGUCCCAAGAAAGCCCGAGCGAGAGACUUGUCCACGUUUUCAACAGACGGCGAUGUCCGAAAGUGUUUAGCAGCUGUUAAGUUGAUGGUGUUUAAAGAGCAGACUAGAAAAGCAGCCUACAUAUUGAACGAGUUGGUGGGAGGUGAUGUGAGCUUAGACUAUUUUCGCGAAAAUCCACUUUCGGCUAUCAUAUACUUGGUGCAUAUUUUACCUGUAUAUGGUAUCAAUAUAGAUGAGGUGUUUGUUCACAGAGCAAUGCAAAGAGGAAAAUACUUUUGGAGGGAGUUGCAAUUUCAUAUUGUUGAACUGAUUUUGUAUUAUUUGGAACUUUUGCAACAGGAUCCAGAGGUCUCAGAUAAAGCUUUGAUUGUUACGACAUGGUUCCAGUGCUUCAAAUUGAACACAUAUUACCAAAUGCUAUCUCAAAACGAUGUUGAAGAUCUUUUAAAGUCGUUAAAUCUUGAGUUACUGAAACAGAUUUUACCGGAUUCGAAAAUCACCCUGAAUGUCCUUGAAUUCCCCGCUGUAGUUUUUUCGAACAUCCCUCUUCUAAGAAGUGUAAAUGUGUUGCGGCCGUGUGAAAAACAGUUGCACUUGCAUCCACAGACAUUGGAUUCGAGUAAUGAUUCGUCGCUUUUCGAAUUUCAAAGCUCGCAGCUUGUGAAGCAACAGCGCAAAAGGUACACAUGGCCUGCAAGUAGCUCUGUUGUUGUGCAGUUGCUGUUUUCGAAUGCGUUGAAAAGUUCGGAGAAUAUGACGCUACAAGUUGAUUUGGUCACUUCUGGAGUUCCAGUCCACGUCGACAAGAGACUGGUGAGGAUUUCACCAAUGAGUGUGGAAAGCGUGAGUUUUGAAGUUGGGUUGAAAGAACCAGGCGAGGUAACUAUCGAAGGCUACAGCAUUCUGUGGGAAGAAAUGAAAUACUCGAGUACUGUCAUGUUCAACCAGAACUCCAAAUUCAUAACUAGACAUCUCUUCAACAUUCCAUACUUAGAGUGCUUUUGGUACCAAACUGGACAUCAGUCAAGUGGGUCCAAUGUGCAGCAUCCUCUGGAACGUUCGAAAGAGUUCAUAACUAAAGACUUUCUGUUGAAUCAGACUCUUUUUUAUGGCACAAAAAAGAAAGUCACUGUUUACUUGCAAGCGUUGAAAGACAUCGAAAGUUUCGAGUUGUCCACCAUUUCGAAAUAUGCGGAAAUGUUUGCAGUUCAGCAAGAUAAAAAUACCUUGACAAAUGGUGAAGUAUUUCCAGUAGAGUUUCAAUUUGAUGCUUCAAGCGUCAGUUUGGAUAAAACUGGACUUUACGUUCCCUCUGAGUUCAGGUCAUUUGUGAAACUGGUUAUCCAGGGUCUAACCAUUCCGUUUUUUACUCUGCAAAUGCAGGUUUUGCCUUCAGUUAUGUUAGAAUCUGUCAGUUUCUUGCCAGCGAAUAAACCAGAAAAUUUCAAUGUUUGUAUGUCCAUCCGAAACUCAAUGGACGUUGAUGUUAAUUUACAUGUUGAAAGAUAUAACGAAGAGAUUAAACCAACUGCAGUGAAAAGAAUCAUUGUUUUGUUGAAGAAAGUUGACCCUUCGGAGUUCGGCUUCAGCGUAAAUGAUCUUGAAGUAGAUUCAAAAAAUGUACCUUUGUAUAAGAAAUCAAUUUUGAUGAAGUUAUUGCAAAAAUUGAAUCUAAAUUGGACACCAUCAGAUGAGUCAGAAACUGCUUGUCCAGCAAGUGUUUACAUUCCGGAAAAAUUGUUUUCAAAUUAUGUUGAAGACCCGUGCGCAUAUUUGUUUUUCGAUUAUAUAGUCCCGGUUAAAAUAUCAACUGAAUCAAAUGGUGAGAUUGAAAAAGGUGUAAUCGACUUUGACUCCGGAGCUGUAAUGAGUCUUGAAAUUUGCUGUGAUCUCCAAUCGUUAGUGAGAAACGACCAAUGCUCUUUUCUAUUCAGAGUAGAAAUUAGUUCUUUAUGUGGGAGUCGCCCGAGUAACGAGGUAGCAGAUGAGAAUGACUACCAGUUGAAGUUACCAAUUGUUUUGGGGUCCUCUGAAGAUAUGGUUCAACUAAAUUCGGACGACGAGGAAAGCAUUUCACAGUGGCGAAAAACUGUUCGCAUUCUAGCCUCCCUACCUGGUGGUUUCAGAUUGCAGUUCCUUUUUGGUGCUAAAUUUAAAUCUAAAGAAUUUAUUUUGAAUGUUAAACAGACAAAUUAUCAAGUCGAGCUAGAAGAUGUUAACUUUUGGUCGGACACGGAGGAAGAUUUUAUUAAUAAUUGAAACGAAUCUUUCGUUCAAGGUGAUAAUGAUUAAAUUUUAUGUAGAUUUAUAAGUUUAAUAUAA